ACACACGCCGUCGAAUAUAGUCACCCAGAGACGCCUCAAAUCCCUAAUUGCUCCAACAACCCGCUAUAAUGCUCCGCACAUCCAUCAUCAAGAGCGCGCGCUCAAUUGCCGCUCCCCGUUACUUCUCCGCUUCUGCUCUCCGCAUGUCUGCGGGCGCCACUGGUUCUGGUUCAUCAAGGCCUACAGGAUCCGCCGGCGGUGAUGCCUUCACCAAGCGCGAGGCAGCUAGCGAGGAGCUCUACAUCCGUCAAGAAGAGAAGGCCAAGCUUCUGGCCAUCAAGGAAAAGCUAAAGCAGCAGAGGCAGCACAUGGAGGACCUCGACAAGCACAUCGACGACGUUAUUAGGGAAUCUGAGGCCUCUGGCCAGGGCGAGCAGAAGUAAGCUCAGCUCAGCGCUUACGGUAACCACGGACUGCCCAUGCGUCAUAUUACCUGUGAAAAAUAAAAUAAACACAAACUACAUUGAACAGCUUGCAACUUCACCCUCGGCACAAUGUGGAGAUACUGCAUACUGAGGCUGACGUGCUGUUUGCUUUUUCUCAGCAUAACUGCUUCCGUCUAAUGUUGCAAGGUUCAAAUCGUCAUAGGCCUAUUUUAAUACUCACCAAGGAUUCACAGCUCGGCC